UAACUUUUAAUCUGUUUUUUCCCCCCCAUAUCUCAGCGACUCGAUUUGGACUGAUCACUAUGGGGGAGCUGCAGCACUCGCACUGCGUGAACUGUGUCAGCAGACGGUGUAUGGCCAGGCCAGAGCCCGGCGUCUCCUGUGACUUGAUGGGCUGCCCGCUGGUGUGCGGAGCGGUGUUCCAUUCCUGUAAAGCGGAGGAGCAUCGGCUUCUGUGUCCCCUGGAGCGGAUACCUUGUCUCAACAGUCACUUCGGAUGCCCGUUCACAAUGGCCCGGAACAGAGUGGCCGAGCACCUGGAAGUGUGCCCCGCGAGCGUGGUUUGCUGCACCAUGGAGUGGAACCGGUGGCCGGUCAGCUACGCCGACCGGAAAUCCUACGAAACUCUAAGCAGGGAGGUGGACGAAGUGGCCCAGUUAGAUAUGGCCUUGGCGCUUCAAGACCAGAGGAUGCUUUUAGAAUCUCUCAAAGUAGCGACGAUGAUGUCGAAAGCUACUGAUAAAGUCUCAGAAGCAAGAGAACAAGUCUCAGUCCAACCAAGCGGCCCAGAAAUAUCGCCACGUGCCAACGGCUUGGUGUCUGCAGAUGAAGAGUCUUAUGGCGCACUCUACCAGGCCACUGUGGAAACCACCAGGAGUUUGGCGGCUGCUUUAGAUAUCCUCAAUACCGCCACGAAAAACAUUGGCAUGCUGAGUCUUUGUGCUUCCCCAAAUGAAAUGAACGGAGAGAAAAAUGCCAGCGAAAGCUUACAGGAUAGCUGCGCGAAAGACCCAGAAGAUUCUCAUGAGGAGGAAGUGGGAGCAGUAGGUGGAAUUGACCAUGGCCCCUCAAGUCAGGAUGGCCAGUACGAGCCCAAUGGCUCAAGUGAUCUGCUGUGUGACUUGAGUACCAACGCUUAUGGAACGACUGCUCUCUGUAAUGGUUUCCCUUUGGAAAAUAUAUGUGCACAGGCCAUCGAUGAGACUCGGAACUUACAGAGUGACUCAGAAGAAAGUAGCUUAACCAAUGGAGAAUGUGUAGCGUCAGACGGCACUUCAAGAGCUUCCGGUUCACUUUCACUAGCUGCCCAGCUCAGAGAAGUCAUACCACCCAACGCGCUGCCUAAUGGCGCUGUCCAGCAUCUCCUCAGGCCCCGUGAUGAGGAGGAGGGAGAACCGUUAUGGAGAAAAGCAGACUUGGGGGACUUGAAGAAUAUGGAUAUUCUGUCUUUCAGCCACACACCUUCAUUCAAAUUUCUCCCUAAUUCGUGCUGGUCGAAACCAAAGGAAGAUAAAGCCGUAGACACAUCUGACUUGGAAGUUGCGGAAGACCCAAUGGGCCUCCAAGGGAUAGAUCUGAUCACCGCCGCCUUGCUGUUCUGUCUCGGGGAUUCCCCAGGUGGGAGGGGCAUCUCGGAUAGUCGCAUGGUUGAUGUUUACCGUGUUGACUUUGGGACUCAGACCUUUUCCCUCCCAUCUGCAAUCUUAGCUACAAACACAAUGGUGGGGGAAAUAGCAUCAGCUUCAGCGUGCGAUCACGCCAACCCACAGCUUUCGAAUCCCAGCCCUUUUCAGACACUUGGGCUGGAUUUAGUUUUGGAAUGUGUCGCCAGGUACCAGCCCAAACAGCGUUCCAUGUUUACAUUUGUUUGCGGACAGCUAUUUAGAAGAAAAGAGUUUUCUUCGCAUUUCAAGAAUGUGCACGGUGACAUUCAUGCUGGACUCAACGGCUGGAUGGAACAGAGGUGUCCAUUAGCCUAUUACGGCUGCACCUAUUCUCAGCGGCGGUUCUGUCCGUCAACGCAAGGCGCGAAGAUCACCCAUGACCGUCACCUGAGGUCGUUUGGAGUCCAGCCACGUGUACCGGCAGUAUUAGCGGAGCCCGCAAGAAACUGUGUUUCGGGAUCCCGUAGCGACCACCUGAGCAAUCUUCCCUUUGAAGUCCUCCAACACAUCGCAGGCUUUCUGGAUGGCUUCAGUCUCUGCCAGCUCUCGUGUGUGUCCAGGCUCAUGAGGGACAUGUGUGGCAGUCUGCUGCAGUCUCGCGGGAUGGUCAUACUACAGUGGGGCAAAAAGAAGUAUCCAGAAGGAAACUCAUCGUGGCAAGUGAAAGAAAAGGUGUGGCGCUUCAGCACGGCCUUCUGCUCUGUUGACCAGUGGAAGUUCGCUGACAUCCUGAGCAUGGCUGACCACUUGAAGAAAUGCAGUUACAAUAUCGUAGAGAAGCGGGAGGAAGCAGUCCCACUGCCCUGCAUGUGUGUAACCCGGGAGCUCACCAAGGAAGGACGUUCACUUCGCUCCGUGUUAAAACCUGUACUUUAAAAAACCCAGACAGCUCCCCCUGAACACACAUGCUAGCACCUGAUAGCAUUUCUUUGUCCUAUGAAACACUUUAUUAAUGUAUUAAAUAUUUACAACUAGCUCAGUUGAUUGUCACUAUGUAUAUAAUGUUUUGAAGUGACAUAUAUUUUUAUAAAGUACUAUUUGGUAGGAGAAACACUGCCUUAAUGUUUGAAAUGCGUGACAUUUUUGGAACUUGCCAGACAGGGUGACUUAAAUCUUAGUGACAGUUUUCAGAACUAGUAUUUCGAAUAGGGUGCCCAUUUCGGUCCUUCGGUUUCUGCUUUCUAGACUGACCCCGAUCCUGACCAAACACUGGACCCUCACAUUUCCUGUGGGUUGCUGCCUAUAUGUAUUCAAAAAGGAAGAUUUACUCAAGUUGUUUCAAUGUAGGCUUUUCUCUCUCCCUCUCCCUUUCCCUGCCCUUCUGUUUUUCAGUAAAAAAAAAAAAAAAUCCAGUUGCGUAAGCACUGACAAAAUCAAUACAAAGUCUUUGUUUAUCUAGUACCCAUAUUCUAUGCUUGAUUGUUGGUAUUCAGAGGCCUCCAAUAAUAUAUAAUAUUUGAAAUCAAAUGAUUUUUCAAACAAACAUCCACAGGAUGUUUGAAAAAUGUUUUUUUUACCUUAAGUAUUUAUAAUCAUUAGUGGAGGAGUGACCAUAUGCAGUUUUUUUUUCUUUUUUCCUUCAUGCCACAUCCAGAAAGGUUCAUGACAAUGUGUUAUAACAGGUUCGUGCAAAAAUCUCCUCUGAAUUUACUUUAAAUUUCAAACAGUUCAUGGUAUGACAUACAUAUUUCUUGAAUAUUUGCUCUUUGGAGAGAAGAAAAUAAUACCUCGUUUUGAGUUGGGCAUUGCUGUGAAUAAAUUUUAGCUAUUCAGAGUGAAA